UUUUUAAAGUGUCCAACAACAUUUAUGGCAUCCAGACUAGCCUGAAUUUCUCUUCAUUUGUUCAAGCUGAGUUAGAUACAUGAAAAAGCAUUUAAGUCUGAAGGAUCAUCUGAUUGUCAAAUGUGAAUUAGGCCAUUAAUAUUUGUGUCACAUAGUUCUCGGGCUGACUUUCCUUCAAUCAGUCUAUAUCUUUUAUGCCCUGAUUGCGCAUAGUUCUGUUGUGCGUCUCUUUCAUGUUAAUCUUUCUUCCCUUCAUUCAAAGGAGAAUGCUGCCGUUGAUUUGAUUACCCUGCUUCUAUAUACAACCGCACUGUGAUGCGACCUCAGGACUGAGGACCCCCAAGUUAGUCGAGCUUUUCGAGGUCAUGAAGUGCUAGAGAAUUGCAGGGCUUGACUAAAAUGGAAAGAAUGCAUUGAUAACAGCAUCAAUUUACCAUCCAUCACGAUAGGUCGAGCCAAGAUGUCAGGUGGGUGUCAUGGUCCACAACAACUGAAGGAUCGCAUUAUGCAAUCCCGCGUCCACCAUGAACACGACCAAUUCAUUGAAACUAUCCGUGAGGAUGAUUUUUGCCUGUUAGCUUCAUCAUCAUACCACAAUGCCGAUCUUUGCGGUUUCUUCAAAUCGCCAGCUCGGGAUAGUUACAAUAUCUGUUACUUUGUGCAUUUUACAUCGGAGAACUCCAAUGAAGAGGUUGAGAAGUGGGUGGUACGCGUGCCUCUUGCCUGGCAUACGGGAGCGAAACUAGGCUCGAGACAAUGUUGCUACAAUGCAGUAGGACCAUUGCGCAUUUUAUCUUCAGGAGUGGUACUGAUAAAUCCUGUGUGGCAGGAGUUUCCAUACGGCCAGCUGAGAGAUCUCUCAGACGAGCACCGAGAACAUUUAUGCACUUCACUUGUCGAUAUUCACAUCCAGCUAAGAGGCUCAAUUUUCCUUCAAUUGGGUGUUUGAAUCGCGUUUUAGACGGCUUGAAGUGCGUAAAAAAUCACUAUCGCCGACAUAAAUGCGCAAGAGCUAGAAGGUUUGCAGCCUUCCAAAAUUCAACACUUAUUCUAUGAUGAUAGGAACCUUCUCACUUCGGCUAUAACUAUAUGGCUAUGCUUCUCUAAAUUGCACACAACGCGUUUGCAGAAGGUCGAAGCAGUGUACCAAAUGGAGAUCAGGGCGAGGAUGCUCUUUAUCGUCUCCAUAUUUUCCGCGAGUAUGCCGAGAGCUUGGUAGAUAACCGUCUUGAUUAAGGUCCGUCUGUCUUGAUUCAUGGUGAUUUUGAACCUUUCAACUUAUGGGAAUCAACUACUAGCAGACGGAUGGAGGAAGGCAAAGGGAAAUAGUGGGUUUCUUGUGGCCAAGACUUUAGAAAACUGGUCGAACAUGGAUUGCAGGUGGUUUUCGAACCGAUAUUUCAACUGGAAGUGUUACCGUAAGGUUUACCUGACUGAGCAAGUAAAUACUUUUAUAAAGAACCCAUUCUCAAGGCCUUAAUUGCAAGAAAAUUUCAUGAAGGAGCUG